CAAACACUCAGCAAGUCCACGCUACCAAUACACACGAACAUCUUCACCUUUUUCACUUCUUGGCCCCCGCAUUUUUCGGGGGUUAUACUGGAGAGAGAGAGAGAGAGAGAUGGAUCGUAAGAUAAAGAUUCGUGCAUGUUGGUCUGGGUCACCGUCGACGAGGCUUCUUCUUCUCAUGGUGCCGUUCGUUGCGGUGGCAGGGCUCGUUUCGGUCGCCGCUCCAUGGAAGUCAGCGGCCGGGGAUUCUGCAUCCGAGUACUCUUGGUCGUGGAGCUCCUCUCGCUCUUACUCCUCCCCCACUCGGGCUCCAACCAUGAACGCCACUCUGCAGGUUCCCGUUUUGCAUGCAGAGGCUGGUGAUGGCGGAAACGGCCACGGAGCGUCGGCGGAGGGGCCUUUAGCUCCAGACCCUCCACCAGUGGUGGUCGGAGUUCAGAAAAAGGAGAGAGCAGUCGCAGGUGAUUUCGCGGCCACUGAGCCCUCUGCUCCUCCGCCACUUGCAGUUAAAAGGCCACCGAAUAACCCGAGCAACGCCUCGAAGGAAGGUACCUCGGACUUUCCUGUAAAUGUCGCCGGCCAUGUGCCUGCCUUAAAUGAGUCUUACGGUUUUGUUGAGAAAGCGCAGCGUGAAAGGGUAUUCACUGAUUUAGAGAGGCUAGAAGCGGGGCUAAGAAGAGCUAGAGCAGGGAUUAGAGAAGCUAAGAUUGAGAACCCGGCGAAGGACCCGGACUACGUCCCCGUGGGUCCAAUGUACAGGAAUGCAUAUGCUUUUCACAGGAGUUAUCUGGAAAUGGAAAAACAGUUCAAGAUAUUCAUUUACAAGGAGGGCGAUCCCCCCGUAUUCCACAACGGUCCUUGCAAGAGCAUUUACGCUAUGGAGGGUAAUUUCAUCCACAUGGCCGAAAUAAACAAGCGAUUCCGCACCCGAGAUCCCCGCAAAGCCCACGUCUUCUUCCUCCCUUUCAGUGUGGCGAUGAUGGUCCAGUUCGUGUAUGUGCGGGAUUCGCAUGAUUUCGGCCCGAUAAAGCGGACCGUGAUCGACUACAUCAAUGUCUUGGCGAGCAAGUACCCAUAUUGGAAUCGCAGCUCAGGGGCUGAUCAUUUUAUGCUGGCCUGUCAUGACUGGGGGCCGGAGACAUCCCUUGCCAUUCCGCAGCUUCACAGGAACUCGAUCCGAGUCUUGUGCAAUGCAAAUACCUCCGAAGGCUUUGACCCGUCCAAGGAUGUCUCGUUUCCAGAAGUAAAUCUCCACACCGGCGGGAUACACGGCCUAAUUGGGGGACCAUCACCGUCGCGCCGCUCGAUAUUGGCAUUCUUCGCGGGUGGGGUUCAUGGGCCCAUCAGGCCAAUUCUCCUCCAGCACUGGGAGAACAAGGACGACGACGUGAAGGUGCAUCGGUACCUCCCUCGAGGUGUGUCUUACUACGACAUGAUGAGAAAGAGCAAGUUCUGCAUCUGCCCGAGCGGGUACGAGGUCGCGAGCCCGAGGGUCGUGGAGGCCAUCUACACGGGGUGCGUGCCGGUGCUGAUCUCGGACCACUACGUGCCCCCGUUCAGCGACGUCUUGAACUGGAGGUCGUUUUCGGUCGAGGUCCCAGUGAGGGAGAUCCCGAACCUGAAGAGGAUACUCGGGAGCAUCUCGUCGAGGCAGUACAUAAGGAUGCAGAGGAGGGUGGUGCAGGUGCGGAGGCAUUUCGAGGUUCACUCUCCGCCCAAGAGAUACGACGUGUUUCACAUGAUACUUCAUUCUGUGUGGCUCAGGCGACUGAAUGUUAGAUUGAGUAACAACCAGUGAUCUGUGGGUAGGGAGAUACUAUUGAAUUGAAUGGUAAAUGUGGGGGUCGGAACAGAUUGCAGUCGUUCUG